UUGGCCAACACAUGGAACCACCACAUAUAUCAUGUCUAGUGUUCCAUCUUGCUUUAAGAUAAUCAACUUGAAAAGCGGUGUGAUUUUCAUCUCUUGGAAGACCAGCUUCUCUUCCUUUUUCUCCCUCUUCAUCCAUGGAUACUCCUCAGUGGCCACAGGGAGUUGGAGUGGUUAAACCCAUGGAGGAUUCGAGGCCUAUGAGGGCAAGGCCUCAAAAGGAUCAAGCUUUGAACUGUCCAAGGUGCAAUUCAGUUAAUACCAAGUUUUGCUACUACAAUAAUUACAAUCUCUCUCAGCCAAGAUACUUCUGCAAGACAUGUAGAAGGUAUUGGACUGAAGGUGGGUCUUUGAGAAAUGUUCCUGUUGGAGGAGGUUCAAGGAAGAACAAGAGAUCAACUUCUUCUUCAUCAUCAUCAUCAACGUCAUCACCUGCUUCAUCUUCAAAGAAGCUUCCUGAUCAUCAUCAUCUUACCCCACCAGCUGGUUUUCCUCACUCUGCUUCUCAAAACCCUAAGAUUCAUCAGGGUCAAGAUCUUAACUUGUCAUAUCCACCUGGUGAUCAGGAUUACAACAGCAUAUCUAAAUAUGUUGAGGUACCCUUUAAUACUGACAGCAAAACCCACCAUCAAAACCCUAGCUCAUCCUCAAAUACUUCAACUCAACUCUCAGCCAUGGAACUGCUCAAGACUGGGAUCACUUCAAGAGGAUUUAGUUCUUUCAUGCCCAUGUCGGUAUCAGAAUCUAGCACAAUAUAUUCAAGUACUGGGUUUCCUUUGCAAGAGUUCAAGCCGAGUACUCUGAAUUUUUCUCUCGAGGGGUUCGAAAGUGGGUAUGGGAAUAGUACUCUUCAUCAAGGGGUGCAAGAGAGUGGUACUGGUGCGAGGCUCCUUUUUCCUAUUGAGGAUUUGAAACAGAUCCCAACAACAAGCGAAUUUGAGCAGAAUAGAGGGCAAGGAGAUCAUUCUAAUGGUUAUUGGAAUGGAAUGAUGGGAGGAGGAUCAUGGUAAAUAUGCCCCACAAGCUCAGAAAUAUUGGAUGAACGAUCGAGGAGUUGGUGUUUCAGUUUGUUUUCUUCCACUCCAUGGGUGACUUGUUUUUUCUUUUCUUUUCUUGUUUUUUUUUUUUUUUUUGGGUUAAUCAAAACUAACAGAUCAUAGGGUACUACAUGGGUUUCUUUCUCUUUCUCAUGUUAUUAUUAUUACUAUUAUUAUUGUUUGCAUCAAUUUCCCCCUUUAUUUUCUUUGUUCCCUGUACUUAUUUUAUUUCGCUCGUCUUUCUUUGCACUAUGAUCAAUGUGGAUGUCUGAAGCUUUAUUUUAGGUUGGCUUUUCAAAAGAGUGUCCCGGCAUGCAGCAUAAAAGCUGAUAGAACAAGAGGCUAAGAAAGAUCGAUCGAUGUCUCUUUUUAGGACUUAAGGAACAAAUGACUUCUUCACUUAGAUAAUUUUUGUAAUUUAUUACAGUGAUGGGAUUUGUGGCUUGAUUAUCUGUAACUAUUUCUGGAUUGUUUAUAUCCUUUGAACUUAAAAGUGAGUUGGAAAGAUGGCUGUCAAUCCUUUACAGCAAAA